UGCGCUUAGUAACGCUUCAGGGCUCGUGGAGGGAGGGUGUACGUGUGUGUGUCUCUGUGUGUGGCUGUGUAGGUGAGAGACAGGAAAGGGAGGAUGCUGUCUUGGGGACGUCUUGAAAAUAUUUGAUUCUCCUACGUGACCUUCUAUCAUGAUGAAGAAAAGGUUCCGACACUCCCCGAGCAGCGCGGAGAUGGAAACUAAACCUUUGACUCGCCAUGGAGCAAUGAACAGUAAUCCACUGAGUCGCCACCCCAACUACCAGGCCCUGAGUCAGCCCUCGCACACCACCGUCCCCAGUGGGUCGCCCCAAGAGAGGGAGGAGGACUGCAUACUGGAGAGCCCCGUGCAUUACGAGGACAUGGAGGAGCCCGGACCUGCCCACCAGAGUUAUGUCUCCUUUGCGGGCGGUUCGGGCACCAACAACUCCUCCGCUGCAAACCUGACCGCCAUGGAGUCCGAGGAGCAGGAGUUCCAGGGCAUCGGCCAGUAUGACGACUUUCACACCACGGACUGGCAGCGCGAUAUAGCCCGGGACCGCAUGAGACACCGGUAUAUCGCCAAGAAGAAGGAGGAGAGCAUUUGGGACUGGGUCAAGAGUGGUCACGAUGCUUGGUCUGGGUGGCUGUGUGUGUUCCUCGUGGGCGUCAUUGCUGGUGCGGUCGCGGGAAUGAUCGACAUUGGGGCCAGCUGGAUGUCGGAUCUCCGUUUCGGCAUAUGUCCGCAGAAGUUUUGGUUCAAUCAGGAACAAUGCUGUUGGUCAUCUAAUGAAACCAUCCAUGGAUACGACAACUGCUCCAGCUUCUUCCUGUGGCCGGAGGUGUUCGGAAACUCCCCCGAUGGAGCUGGCGGCUUCAUCAUCUCCUACAUCUUCUACAUCCUCUGGUCGCUGCUCUUCGCAUCCCUCGCCGCAUCCCUGGUCAUGAUGUUCGCACCCUACGCAUGUGGCUCUGGUAUCCCUGAGAUCAAGACCAUUCUGAGUGGCUUCAUCAUCCGCGGGUACCUGGGCAAGUGGACCCUGCUGAUCAAGUCCCUGGGCAUGAUCCUGGCUGUGUCCGCUGGGCUGUCCCUGGGCAAGGAGGGGCCGCUGGUGCACGUGGCCUGCUGCAUAGGUAACAUUCUGGCGUACCUGUUCCCUAAGUACGGCAAGAACGAGGCUAAGAAGAGGGAGAUCCUGUCUGCGGCGGCGGCGGUGGGCGUGUCCGUGGCCUUUGGGGCGCCUAUCGGAGGUGUGCUCUUCAGCCUGGAGGAAGCGUCAUACUACUUCCCGCUCAAAACACUCUGGCGGUCGUUUUUCGCGGCUCUGGUGGCGGCUUUUGUCCUCCGCUCCAUCAACCCCUUCGGCAAUGAGCACCUUGUCCUCUUCUAUGUCGAGUACAACAAGCCGUGGAUCUUCAUUGAGCUGGUGCCGUUCAUCCUCCUCGGUGUCAUUGGGGGCAUCAUCGGCACCCUCUUCAUCAAAUUCAACAUUCGCUGGUGUCGUUACCGCAAGACAUCGCUGCUUGGACAGUACCCUAGGCUGGAGGUCCUGGCCGUCACCCUGAUCACCGCCUUCAUUGCCUACCCCAACCCUUACACUCGCAUGAAUACCUCCAACCUGAUCUACCUACUCUUCUCGCAGUGUGGCGUGGCGAACAGCGAUAUUUUGUGUGACUACCAGCGUAACUUCACCAGCGCAAACACGGCCAUCGAAAUCGCAGCGGCCGGUCCCGGGGUGCUUAAGGCUGUGUGGUUGCUGUCCCUCGCCCUCAUCUUCAAGUGCGUGGUUACCGUGUUCACAUUCGGGAUUAAGGUACCUUGUGGGCUGUUUAUCCCCUCGCUGGCCAUGGGCGCCAUCAUCGGGAGACUGGUGGGGAUCGGCAUGGAGCAGCUUGCAUAUUAUAACCAGGAGUGGGCAGUGUUUGCGGGGGAGUGCAGCACCGGGGAGAACUGCAUCACGCCCGGGCUAUACGCGAUGGUGGGUGCGGCGGCUGUGCUUGGCGGAGUUACCAGGAUGACAGUAUCCCUCGUGGUCAUCAUGUUCGAGCUGACCGGCGGGGUACGCUACAUCGUCCCACUGAUGGCUGCAGUGAUGGCCAGCAAGUGGAUAGGCGACGCUUUCGGCAAGGAGGGGAUCUACGACGCGCACAUCAUUCUCAACGGCUACCCCUUCCUAGACUCAAAGGAGGAGUUCAGCCACACCACCCUGGCCCAUGACGUGAUGCGGCCCGGGAAGAACGAGUCAUUCUUCGUCAUAACGCAGGACAGCAUGACCCUGGAGGACGUGGAACAGCUGCUUCGGGAGACGGACCAUAAUGGCUUCCCUGUGGUGGUGAGCCGACAGUCGCAAUACCUGGUCGGGUUCGUCGCCAGGAGGGACCUCAACAUUGCCAUAAGCCAGGCCAAGAAGAACACUGAGGGGAUCGUCGGCGAGUCCCUGGUUCUCUUCACAUCCUCGGUCCCGUCGCCGUGGCUCGGACCUCCGCCGCUUCGCCUCCGCAAGAUCCUGGACCUCGCGCCGAUCACCAUCACCGACCAGACCCCAAUGGAGACCGUGGUGGACAUGUUCCGUAAGCUGGGGCUCCGGCAGACACUCGUAACGCAUAACGGCCGCCUCCUUGGGAUCAUCACCAAGAAAGACGUUCUCCGCCACAUCAAGUUCUUGGAGAGUGAAGACCCAGAGUCCGUUCUCUUCAACUGAGCAGCCGCACCAUAGCCACAUCACCACCACCACCACCACAGCCAGCCAGCCCCAUGAAGCCAGGCCACUACCACACCACGAUACUACCACAGCCAUACCUAGGGACAGCCAGCCGCAGCCCUAGCCAAGCCUAGUGACAUCGCCAUAUUGUCACAGUCAGCUGGCCACAUCCCUAGCCAGACUACCACAUACCUACAGCCAGCCCCAUGAAGCCAGACCACUACCACAGCCAUACCCAGGGAUAGCCGCAGCCCUAACCGAACACACUGACACCGCCAUAUUGUCAGUCAGCCACAUCUCUAGCCAGACUACCACCACUACUGCUACCACAGUCAGCCACAUCCCCAGUCAGACCACCACUGCUACUACAAUAUGUCACACCCAGACCCAACCAGACCACCGACACCAUAGCCACAUCUCUAUCAUACCCACAACCAGAUCCCUAAGCCAGACCACUACUACUACUACUACCAUAGCCACACCCAGACUCUACCACUACCAUACAACCACACCAGCCAGACCUACAGCCUCAACCACAUCCCAAGCCAGACUUCCAAAGCCACACUACUACCACACCAUAUGUCGAAUUCCCUCAAAAAAUAUGGUUGGUUGAGUGUUUGUUAUGACCACAUCUUGUCACACCACCACAGUCACACCUCAGUCAUACCCACAGUGAGCCACAUCCCUGAAUCAGACCACUAAGCCAGACCACCACCACUACCAUACCUAUAGACAACCACAUCUCCAGAAAUCAAACUACCACCCAGCCACAUCACUAAACCAGUUCCAGCCACACCACCACCUCUACCACAUGUCGGAUGCCCCCAUAAAAAGCUGGUUGGGGGUUUAUAUAGCCACACCCAGAGCUGUGAAGCCACAUCCUCAGAGCAGGUUAGCCACAUCUCAUGACCAAAAAAGAUAGUUCUGGGUUUAAAUAUUGACACCUAGCCACAUCACAGUCCAGAAAUCCAGUUUGAAGUUGAAUUUAACCACACCCAGCCACACUCAAAGACCUCAAACCACAUCUUCAGAGCAGUUUAGCCACAUCACAGUUCAUAAGGUCAGUGUUAAGCCACAUUUCAAGCCACACUGAUUAACUUAACCACAUCCAGAGCUCAAGACUGUAUACUUAUGACCUACUAACCACAUCACAAGCCCAAAACAGCCACAUCUCAGAACUGAAAAGCCAGAUAUGAUUUAGUGGAAGUGUGUCAUAUCAUGAGCCACACCCAGACUCUUGAAACCAUAUACUCAAAAGACAUCAGCCACAUCCCAAGCUCAAAAUAGCCACAUCUUAGUCCCGGAAAGCCAGAUAUUUGUAUGUGCCACAUCUUGAGCCACACCCAGACCGGUGACCACAUACUCAGUGCACAAUAACCACAUAUCAGACCCGAAAACCCAGAUAUUUGCCGGUGUCACAUCCCAAGCCACACUUAUAACUGUGACCACAUACUUUAAAGAUAUAUUCAAGCUCUCCCUCAUCCAGGCCACACCCCUAGACCCCAGCCCUCCACUAACCACUCCUCCCCAUGACCACAUCCCUGUCCUGACCACCAUGACCUCCCUUCUCCUCCUCACCCCCUAACCACAUCCCUAUACCCUCCUUCACCCCUCUCCCUCCCCCUCUCAUCCUGACCACAUCCCUAGCCCCUCCCUCACCCUUCUCCCUCUUCCAUCAUGACCACAUCCCUAAACCCUCCUUCACCCCUCCCUCUCCUGACCACAUCCCUAGCCCUCCUUCACCCCUCCCCCCUUCCCUCCUGACCACAUCCCAAGUCCCUCCUUCACCCCCACCCCCCUCCAAUCCUGACCACAUCCCUAGGCAGCUCAGUUUCCCUUGUAAUGAGAGGUGUGGCUCAAGGGUGUGGUCAGGGUGUGGCUUAGUAUAAAAAGAGAAGGUAAUAUUUUAAUGAUAAUUAUAUAGAGAAUUAUUUAUUUAUGGGUAGGGUGAAAAUUUAUUAUUAUUAUUAUUAUUAUUAUUAUUAUUUUGGGAACUCUAAUGCUGCUAACCAAUUACCUCAUUGAUAAUAAUAAUAAUGAUAAUUGUCAAAUGGUGUAAUUAUAUCAAACUUAAGUAGAAAUUAUAUAUAUAUUAAGCCUGAUUUUAAACAUUAUUAUUAUUAUUAUGUGUGUGUGUGUGUGUGUAAGCCUUCAAAAUCAUAACACUAUCUGACUUACAUUGGGCUAGUUUGGGCUGAAAGAGAGGAAAUAGUGGGCUAUAUUGGGCUGGGCAAGCUAGAUUGGGCUAUAUAAUUUAUAUAGAUUCAUAGGGCUGGAAAAUAGUAGACAAGUAUGGGCUAGGUAUGAUAGACUUGGGCUAGUUUGGGCUACAGGGGUUUGGUCUAUAGCUGCAGUGUGGGCUAAAUAUGGUAGAAUUGGGCUAGUUUGGGCUUGAGUGGUGGGGUCUAUGGCUACAGUGUUGGCUGGAAAUAGCAUGUUUGGGCUAAUUUUGGUCUUGGUUGGGCUGGAAAUAAUGUGCUUGGGCUAUUUUUGGUCUAAUUGGGCUGGAAAUGAUGGGAUUGGGCUUCUUUUGGACUAGUUUGGAAAAGUCACAGUUGGUCUACUUUUGAUUUUGGUCUGGAGACAAUGUGGGUUGGCUAUUUUCUGGUCUUGGGCUAUUUUGGGUCUGUUGCCUGGAAAUAACAUGAUUGGGCUAUUUUUUGGUCUAGGUCAGGCUAAUAUUAGGUCUUGAUUGGGCUGGAAAUAACAUGGUUGG